CUCAAUAAGUAAAUCCACAUCAUCACACUUAACCCACAAAAUCAAACUAGACCGAUCAAUGUUUCCUCCUUGGUUUGAUUUAAUAUGCACUUGAAAACCCCAUUAUUUAUUUCAUAGAUUUCAUGAUGGAUUUGGUUAAUCAAAUUUGUAUAUAUUAAGUGAAAUUUACCUUAUUGCUCUCAUUGUUAAGAGAAAAGAAAAGGAAUAUAAGGGAUAGGUUGGUCAUAAACGAUAGAUUUCAAGUCCACGACCAAUUCCCAUCCAAAGUGAUGUGCUUUUCAAGUCCAUGGUUUCGACAAAUUUGUUGCCCUUAAAUACAUGAAGCAAACAAUGGAUUUGAAAAAAAAAAUCAUGUGGAUUCAAAUAAAUUCCAAAUCCACCACCAAAUUCAUCAAGCAAAAGUUAGUGAUACAGGUGUGCCAUGGUUUCGCACUGGAUUGUAUCGGAUCAUGCCGAUGUUUGGUAAAGAAUAUUAUCAAUCGAAUAUAAUAUGGUCUGGUAUUUGAUUCCAUAAAUUUUAUAAAUAUUUGAAAAUGACUCGAAUUGACAUAUGUAUCGGACCAAACUAAAUUGAAUGCAAUGUUGGCAUGGUCCUUGAACCUAGGAUGUUUAUAAAUACUUGAAAAUGACCCAUAUUGACAUUUUUUAUAAGACCAAGCCGAAUCGAAUGCAAUAUUGAUAUAGUCCUUAAUUCGAGGAUGCCUUUCACUAUUGGACCAUAAUUCCCAAUCCGAACCAAACCAGACUGUAGCACACCCCUACAUAGAGGUGAAGUCAUAUUCUCUUUAGAUCAAACUCUUUGAGGUAAAUUGGUUAUACAUUAAAUCAUUUUCUUUCAAAUAAUCACCUUUCUAAGAUGUCUUUCAAUAUCAGCCGAAUCAACAACUUGGAACAAGAUGAAUCAAUAAAUAAAAUCGUUAUGUAAUUAAAAACAAUAUACAAGCUCAUAAAAAUGGUGAAAAUUAUUGUAACGUCCCAGUUUUUCUUAACCAACAUAUUAUUUGUUUUGAGUCAAGCCUAUGCCUAUCAGUUUGGUUAACCAAAUCGUUAAAACGAAAAAAAUAGAAACUGUUAGCUCUUCCAAACUAAAAAAACAAACCGUUCGGAGGACUUUUUGAUUUUCAGUUUCUGAAAACCGAUAAGCCCCUUAAUGGUUUGGUUUUAGUAUGGAGAACCGAAAAACCUGAAAAGAGGAAGAGUGCACCAAAUAGUUAUACCUUACAAGCCAUGCAUCAUUGGCCUCAUCAAAGAAUGUGUUUCGGUUCAUUAUCGAUUUUUUUUUUGUUAAAACCAAUUGUAACCGUCCAGAAGGAAAAGGUUUGAGACCGCAAACCCUAAACCGUUAAGUUUCUUAUAAGUUCAGUUUUAGUUUAAACUUUAAACCGGAAUCGGCAUCGACAUCGGAACCCUAGUCGAACCACAUAAAAGUUAUGUUUCUGAGUGUAUGAUAGUGACUUCUUUAAAGUUCAUUCAUCUCUGCACUACGCCAAUCUAAGCACAUCUAACUUCAAAGUUAUUAGAAAAACUCUUUCAUUUCACAUGCAUCUAGUCAACUUUAAUUGGAUUGUUUCUUAUGACUCAUGAAUCUCUCCUAUAGAUUUGCUUAAGAUGUAGUAGAUAAAACAGUGGUGAAUCCAGGAAUUUUACAUAGGGGUGUUCUCUUUAAAAAAAAAUUAAAAUAAUUAUUAAUUAUUAAAAAGAAAAUGCCCAACUCUUAGAAGUUAAAAAAGUACGUAUCCUCAUAUUCUGAAAAAAUUGUAAAAUACAUUGGUGUCUACACUACUCAACAAAUUUGUCUAGAUAUAUCCUACUGGAACUGAUGCAUAUUCGACUUACAACCAUAAAGUCAAUAGAAAUUAAGGGUAGCUUGUAAUUAGAUUAAUUGUUAUGUUUUGAAAAUAAUUAAAGUUAGAGAAUAGGAUUUUGCUAUUACAAAGUGUUUAGAAUAAAACAACAAAAAAGUUUAGCUCAAUGGAAAUUAUAUUUAUUACUAAUAGUAGUGUCUCGGGUUUGAAUUACCUAAAAUACCACUUAUAUUCCCCUAUGCAAACUACAAACGAGAGUAGGAUAAUCGCUUUUCCAAAUUUUGGGGAAUCCCGAACUAUUAAUUAUAAUUUUUUUUUCCAUAUGUAAAUUACCACCAGGGGUUGGAUAAUCUCUUUCCCAAAAUUUAGGGGGUGUGCCCGGACACCCAUAAAGGCCCUUGGGUCCGCCCCUGAGAUAAGGUAAUUGUAGUAGAUCCCAUCCCACAAAAGCGAAAAUUUCUCUAACCAAACCAUCUUCUAAGGAGGCACUCUGCAAGAAGUGCGUGUAUAUGAGAACCAGGAACCUCCAACCUCCAGAUUUCCAUAGUCAUGGAAAGCAUGUUGCCCACCAAACAUGUUCCUGCAAAAACCAAAAAAGGAGCUAAAACCAGAUAAUAAUCUAGCAAAUGAUUAAUAUAUAGAAACUAAAAAAAAUUAAACCAUCUUGGUCCAUUGCAGUUGAUUCAUAACUUACAUUGCAACACUUAGUUUACAAUUUUUUUUCUUCUUCUUUUUCCCUUUCCAUCAGCAUAUUAUGGAAGAAAGCAAGGAUGACCAAGUUGAGGAAAGGACAUCAGCUCUUUCCCCUCCUCCAGCAAUGGGGUCUAUGCAAAUUGCAGGCAGCAAUGGCUUUGCUCACAGCAUUGAGUUCAUGUCUCAAACUUAUCUUAGGAACAGGUACUCUGAGAUAGACAUUGAAGAUAAUACCACACUCAACCUUAGCAAAGAUCAACCUCUUCCAAUCUUCCUAAAGUUUGAGGAUGUGGAGUACAAGGUGAGGAACAAUGGCCAGGCAGGAGGUUCAUCGAUGAAUCCGGUGAAGGCAGUGGUGUCAAAGGUGGCUUCACAGCUGAGUUUGGAGCAGGACAACUACAAGCAGAUACUAAAAGGGAUCACAGGAAGCAUAGGGCCUGGUGAGAUCCUAGCUCUCAUGGGUCCUUCAGGGAGUGGCAAGACAACGUUGUUGAACAUAAUUGGAGGGAGACUUAAAGACAAUGUCAAAGGCAAAAUCACUUACAAUGACAUUCCUUACAAUGCAGCCCUUAGGAGGAGGGUUGGAUUUGUGACACAAGAUGAUGUGCUGCUUCCCCAACUAACAGUGGAAGAAACAUUGGUGUUUGCUGCAUUCCUGAGGCUCCCAGGGAACAUGAGCAGGCAGCAGAAGUAUGCAAGAGUUGAGACCAUCAUUAAAGAUCUAGGUCUGGAAAGAUGCAGGCACACAAGAAUUGGGGGAGGAUUCAUCAAAGGAAUAUCAGGAGGAGAAAGGAAAAGAACCAGCAUUGGCCAUGAGAUUCUUGUUGAUCCUUCACUGCUGCUUCUUGAUGAACCAACUUCAGGCCUCGACUCCACGUCUGCUAAUCGCCUACUCCAUAUUCUCCAAGGAAUAGCUAAGGCAGGAAGGACCAUCAUCACAACAAUUCAUCAACCUUCUAGCAGAAUCUUCCACACAUUUGACAAGAUCCUGCUGAUAUCGGAUGGCUACCCGGUUUACUAUGGUAAAGCUAGGGACUCCAUGGACUAUUUUGCUUCGUUGAGGUUCAUGCCAGAGAUAGCCAUGAACCCAGCUGAGUUUAUGCUUGAUUUGGCCACUGGUCAAGUCAAUGACAUCAGUAUCCCUCAAGAUAUAUCAACUGCUGCUGCACCUCCAGGAGCUCAGAAUUCCGAGAAAGAAGUAGUCAAGUACCUGCAAGGGAUGUACAAGACUCAGCUAGAGCCAAAAGAGAAGGAAGACAACCAUCGAAACAAGAAGGCUCCCGAGCAUUUGCAAGCGGCUAUUCAAGUGAAGAAGGAGUGGACAUCAAGCUGGCUGGAACAGUUCAGGAUAAUAUACAAGAGAACAUUCAAGGAAAGGUGUAGGGAUUACUUUGACAAGCUGAGGCUAGUCCAGGCCUUAGGAAUUGCUGUCCUUCUUGGUCUUCUCUGGUGGAAAUCCCAAACUGCAACCGAGGCUCAGCUUAGAGACCAGAUUGGUCUGAUGUUCUACAUCUGCAUAUUUUGGACAUCAUCGUCAAUAUUCGGGGCAGUAUACGUGUUCCCAUUUGAGAAGAUAUACAUAGUGAAGGAAAGGAGAGCAGACAUGUACCCACUGAGUGUUUACUAUGUAUGCAGUACUUUGUGUGACAUGGUGGCUCAUGUUUUCUACCCAACUUUCUUCACCAUCAUUGUCUACUUCAUGGCUGGUUUCAAGAGGACUGUCCCUUGCUUCUUCUUGACUUUGAUGGCCAUCCUUCUCAUUGCCAUCACCAGCCAAGGUGCAGGGGAGUUGUUUGGAGCUGCAAGUUUGAGCAUAAGGAGAGCAGGAAUGUUCGCUUCUCUUCUACUCAUGUUAUUUCUCCUCACUGGUGGCUACUAUGUCCAGCACAUACCGAGAUUCAUGCAGUGGCUGAAGUACAUGUCGUUCCUGUACUACGGAUUCAGGCUGCUGCUGAAGGUGCAAUACGACGGGGACCAAAUGUACGAGUGCCAGAGCGCGGGAGGGUGCAGGCCGCUGCAGAGCUCUCCAUCUUUCGACACGGUCAACCUCAAAGGUGGGCUGCAAGAGGUCUGGGUGUUGUUGGCCAUGGCGCUUGGGUUCCGCUUGCUUGCCUACUUCUGUCUCCGCAGACGGAUCGGGGCUUCCCACUUUUGAUUAAACCACUGCUAAUGUGUUGGUUUAGGAAAUAAUUAAGAACAUGAUGGGGGUAUUGAUUGAUUAUGUAUCAUCAUCUGCUUUUCACAGAUAAUACGUUCGAGACCUUUUUUUCUCGUAUUCAUUCACUUGCAAUAUGAAAAUGAGUAUAACCUUGUCAAUUCUCAACAAUUUCGUUAUAUUUGAUUAUCCAACUUCGAGAAAUGAAUUGGGGUCAUGCAUUUGGAUGAAUCCAUAGAACAUUUUGCUGACUACUAAUAAUGGAAAUUACGUAAAUAUAACACUGUUAAAUUACAUAACAGUGCUUGUAGUAUAUCAUAAUACUACUCGUACUACCGAUACAUUAUGCAAUGUUUGUGAGAGGUUUAAGGUGAGAUGGACAAAGAAGCAACCUUUUAGAAACGCUACGCUACGGUCUUGGAAGGAAAUAUCAAAACUACAAUGACAAAAAAAGAUACCCAUGAUUACUUGGUCAUAUCAUACUCCACAUAAACUCUAAGCGUUGUCAUCAUUUUUCUUUAGAUUUGUACCAUACCAAUCACGCUACAAUAGCGAUGUCAAUGUAUGUCAUUAGUGACUGUACUUUUCUACAAAAAUUCCAAGAGGUAUCAUACACUCGAUGGCUCUGCCAUUCAUUCUUCGACACUAGGUUGUUAGAAUGGAUUCAUCAACAUGCUUCACAUCGAGGUACAUGUAUUUUUGUCAUGAUAUGAUAUCACAUGUUUGAUUCUCUAUAAAGUGUCGAAUGAGCUCAUUUUUCACGCCACAUUAUAUGUAAUAUGUUGGUGUGGAUUCACCAAAAUGUUUCAUAUAGAAUUGAAGUUUCCGCAUCAACUCUGGAGACUAAUAUAAGAUGGGAUAUACGGCCUCCAGAUAAUUGAAUUUUAACUUAAACUUUGGAGCAGCUAGCCAAUGACAAGCAUGGGGACAGAGGGGCGUAGAACUCAUAGCUCAAUAUCCAAUUCGGUCGACCAUGGGAAUUCCUCGUUUCUCAGAGUUAUGGGGAAGGAAACCACGAGGGAAAUUUUCUUUUUAAACAAGACAUACUUGUCGACUUUCGUUCCUUUGAACACAAUGGUUUGAGUCUUAUAUUGUGGCUUCGUUAUGAUGUUUUUACGAUCCCUGAACCACGUUUGAUGAACAAUUUAAGUUGGAACACCUUUUCACUUUCUUUUUUCUUAAAAAAUUACAAUUAAUAAGAGUUAACAGGAUGACUCUAUGAAAUCAUAACUAACCUUGAUGAGGCAAUACCAUCAACAAUUGCAUGAGUGGACUACUUUACCUAAGGAGAGAUUUGUGCGCACUCCGCUGGCUGGGAAUGGUUGUGUGCAGUCUGCCUCCCCUAGUUCUGUGGUCUGCAUGUGGGAUGGGGCGACGAGGCAGGGGUCCCAUGCGACUGGGGGAUGGUUCUCCUAGAACAAGAGGGGGUGAUCAUUUUGGCUACUGCCGUUCAUUUCCCCUGUAUGGAUAAUCCCAUGCUAGUAGAGCUCUUGGUCCUCCGGGAGCGAUCCUAUGGUGCCUGCCAAAGGUUUUUACGGUGGUAAGUUUCGAAGGUGAUGCUUAGGUCGUUAUGAUAGACUCAACCAAGCUCAGGAUAGUGAUAGUCGCGAUGGGGCCAUUUCCUGUGAAGUUUUGAACUAUCUGCCUGAGCAUAUAGAGUUUGGUGUGCGAUUCGUAGGUUGGCGUAUAAUAAGGUAGUCCAUUUGGU